GUGAACACUAAAAUUGAGCUUCGUUUACUUCCCAUAGUAGGGUUGCAGCAGCAGCAGCAUCAAAUAGACGCCACCACAAGAAACCCCAUCACCGCCGACUAUACAUACACCCGUCUCUAUAUCUAUAUCUCAUAUAUCUAAAUCUCUCUGCUUUUUUUAAUCUAAUAAUUUAAUAACUAGCCCAGAAGCUUAUUGAAGUUCAAGAAUGGGGGCUUCACUUCCUCCUAAAGAGGCUAAUCUCUUCAAACUCAUUGUUAAAUCAUAUGAAACAAAACAAUACAAAAAAGGAUUAAAGGCUGCGGAUACUAUACUGAAGAAGUUUCCAAAUCAUGGAGAAACUUUGUCAAUGAAGGGACUGACUUUGAAUUGCAUGGACCGAAAGUCAGAAGCUUAUGAACUUGUCCGACUUGGGCUGAAGAAUGACUUAAAAAGUCAUGUUUGCUGGCAUGUUUAUGGCCUUCUAUACCGUUCUGACAGAGAGUAUAGGGAGGCAGUUAAAUGCUACCGAAAUGCAUUAAGGAUUGAUCCUGACAACAUAGAAAUACUGAGAGACCUGUCCCUUCUACAGGCUCAGAUAAGAGAUCUAGCAGGUUUUGUGGAAACUAGGCAGCAGCUAUUGACAUUGAAACCAAAUCAUCGAAUGAACUGGAUUGGCUUUGCUGUAGCCCAUCAUUUGAACUUAAAUGCAUCAAAAGCAAUUGAUAUUCUUGAAGCAUAUGAAGGGACUCUGGAGAAUGAUUAUCCUCCAGAAAAUGAACGGUUGGAGCAUGGGGAAAUGCUGUUAUACAAGGUAUCCUUACUAGAGGAGUGCGACAUGGUUGAGAAAGCUCUGCAAGAGUUGCAUAAAAAGAAUUACAAAAUUGUUGAUAAGUUGUCAUACAAGGAAGUGGAGGUUUCUCUUCUUGUGAAGCUUGGUCAGUUGGAAGAGGGUGAAAAGUUGUACAGGGCGUUGCUUUCAAUGAAUCCUGACAAUUAUGGGUACUAUGAAGGUCUGCAAAAGUGUUUAGGAUUAUAUUCAGAGAAUGCUGAAUAUUCGUCUAGUGAGAUUGAGCAGUUGGAGGCUUUGUACAAGUCACUUGGGCUGCAAUACACUUGGUCUUCUGCUGUUAAGAGGAUACCACUCGACUUUCUGAAAGCUGAAAAGUUCCGUGAGGCAGCUGAUAAUUAUAUCCGGCCUCUUUUAGCGAAGGGAGUUCCAUCACUAUUCUCCGAUCUUUCUCCGCUAUAUGAUCACCCUGAAAAGGCUGAUAUUUUAGAGGAAUUGGCCCUUGAGAUUGAGCGCUCCCUCAAGACGAAUGGAGCAUUUCCUGGAAGAGUGGAUAAAGAGCCCCCUUCCACACUUAUGUGGACUUUGUUCUAUCUUGCUCAGAAUUAUGAUAGACAAGGGCAGUAUGACAUUGCUCUUGCUAAAAUAGAUGAAGCUAUUGAACACACUCCAACAGUUAUCGAUUUGUACUCGAUCAAGAGCCGGAUAUUAAAGCAUGGAGGUGAUUUAGCAGCUGCUGCAGCAUUGGCAGAUGAAGCUAGAUGUAUGGAUCUUGCUGAUCGUUGUGCAAAUAGUGAUUGUGUUAAACGUAUGCUGCAAGCUGAUCAGGUUUCCAUGGCAGAAAAGACUGCUGUAUUGUUUACAAAAGAUGGAGAGCAGCACAACAACCUACAUGAUAUGCAGUGCAUGUGGUAUGAGCUUGCAUCUGGAGAAAGUUACUUCCGCCAAGGAGAACUUGGCAGAGCUCUAAAGAAAUUUUUGGCUGUCGAGAAGCAUUAUGCGGACAUCACAGAAGAUCAGUUUGAUUUUCACUCUUACUGCUUAAGGAAGAUGACAUUGCGAGCUUAUAUUGAUAUGUUGAAAUUUCAAGAUCGCCUCCACUCACAUCCUUAUUUUCGCAAGGCUGCGGCUGGGGCUGUUAGAUGCUAUGUCAUGCUGUAUGAUUCUCCUCCAAAGUCUGCAGUCGAAGAAGAUGAUGAAAUGGCGAAAUUACCCGCUUCUCAAAAAAAGAAGAUUAGGCAAAAACAGAGAAAGGCGGUAGCCCGAACUAAGAAAGAGGCAGAAGUUAAAAAUGAGGAAUCCAGUGUCAAUGUCUCGAAAUCAGGAAAACGGGUUGUUAAACCAGUUGAUUCAGAUCCUUAUGGAGAAAAACUGUUGCAGGUUGAGGAUCCUUUACUGGAAGCUACAAAAUAUUUGAAACUGCUCCAGAGGCACUCACCUGAUUCCUUAGAGACACAUCUGCUAUCUUUUGAAGUGCAUAUGAGAAGGCAUAAGAUUUUGCUUGCCCUGCAGGCUCUAAAGCAGCUAUUUCGAUUGGAUGCCGAAAACCGAGAUUCACAUUGUUGCUUGAUAAGAUUCUUCCACAAGGUGGCUUCUAUGCCUGCUCCAGCUACGGACGCCGAGAAGCUUAUACGGAGUGUCUUAGAUGCAGAGCAACCCAGUUUCAGUCAAUUGCAAGGCAAAUCUCUUAUAGAGGCAAACUAUCUUUUCCUUGAGAAACAUAAAGAUUCCUUGAUGCAUAGAGCAGCAGCAGCAGAAAUGCUUUAUUUUAUAGAACCAAACAAGAAAGCUGAGGCCAUCAAAUUAAUUGAAGAUUCAACCAACAAGUUGGUAUCAAAGACUGGAUUUUACGAAUGGAAGCUCAAAGACUGCAUAGCGGUGCACAAAAUUCUAGGAAAAGUGUCAGAUGAUCACGAAGUUGCAUCUAGAUGGAAAGUUCGAUGUAGUGAGUACUUCCCAUACUCUACAUAUUUUGAAGGUUGUAAGAGUUCUGUUGUUACUCGCAACAACGUACAAGACGAUCCAGUAUAUGGGAGUAUUAAUCACCAAGAAGCUGAUCAAAGCGCAAUGCCUCUUUCUUCAAAUGGCACACUAGAAAACGUAGAGGCACUUAAGAAUCUGGUCAUUUAAUCUAAAAAAAGCCGACCGUACUAACUUGCAGGAGGAAACCAAUUUUUGCGUUGUGGAUUGGCACUCCAAGCAAAAGGAUAUAAGCAACUCUUCAAUGUCUGUGAAUUCAUCUUAAUGCAGUUGAGAAGGUUCAGUUUUUCCAAAUUAUAUUUUUUUACUAGAUUGUCCAUCCACGGAAGUUGAAAUUUCUUUGCAAAUGUGUAUAAUUGCUUCCUCAUUGCUCCUAGUUCUUAUAUUUAAACCUUCGGCUCAGCGCCUGGUGUGAUUCUGUCGAAGGUUAUGUAACGGGUUUAUACUGGGAGCACAGCAGAAGUUGCUCGUCUUUGCAUCCUUCCUGUAAGCAUAGAGCAAAUUACAAUAUACUAGAUCAUCCAUCUCAAGAACGUGUUGUACUAGUCCAUUUCAUCGGCAUUUAUAAUGUACCAUGGGUUUAAAGUGAAAUUUUGGAAGAGUAUACUGUAUACAAUAUAUAUGAUUUUUUUUAUCUUUCA